AUGUCAAAUGCUGUAGUCGAGGGAAGGAAUGAUGAGGGAUGGAUAAUUCAAAACGUUUCAGUCGGGGAGGAGUGGGAGAAGCGGGAUGAGAAGAAGGUGGGGAAAGAGGACUCUAAGUCUUUCCGGACCACUCCUGUUUCUUUCAUCCUGCAAGGGCUCCCAACCAUGUGGCGGGUUUCCUUAUAUCCCAAUGGAGUGGUAGAGGCCUUCCUCACUCACUCCCUUUCACCUCUAGAGUCUCUGGAAAUUGGAACAGUCCCAGAGGCUUGCGAAACCAUUAAGCCCCUAGGCGACCAUGGCCUUGACACCAGUAGUGAGUUCCAGCACGGCACUGUGGUGACAUUCAUCAACGAGAAGAUAGUCAGACAAAGAGGCCCCGAGUUCUACCUCGAGAAUAUAUCCUUAUCCUGGGAGGAGGAAGACAGGCUCAGGGCCAUCCUGGCGAACAGCGAGGUGCCUAGCGAGGUUAAAGAGGCCUGCACCUGGGGCAGGCUGGCCUUGGGCAUGCACUUUGCCCACAGGCAGGCAGAGUUACAAAACCACAGGGUGCUGUGGCUGCAAAACUUAGCCAAACUGCACAGAUCAGCUGUGCUAGUCUUGGCCUCAAACCUGACGGAACUCAAGGAAAAGCAGGAGAUGGAAUGCAGUGAGGUGACCUUCCAGUUGCAACUGACCCAGACCAGCCUUGUGGAGGUGCAGAGAGAGCGGGACAUGCUGAGAUGGAAGCGCUUCUGUGCCGAGCUGGCAUCUCCCCAAGGGCAGGGCCAGGCUAUUGUGUUUCCAGGCCUGGCCACUGCUGGAGGGGCGUGGACGGAAGGAGCAGAUGAACAAGAAAAAGAGGUGGCUAAUGCUGGUGCUGCUAGAGGAGGAGGAGAGGAGAGGUAUGCAGAGGCGGGGCCUGCCCUGGCAGAGGCCUUGCGGGGACUGGGAGGAGGCUUCAGGCAGCUUCUUGGAGCAGUGGAGCAGACAAAUUACACCUUUGGGGCAAGAGGAGGAAGAUCUCAGGUCAGUACAAAGAGCCAUGUCUUAUUUGUCUGGGCCUGGAUCCACAGCCUCACUGGAGCCUAUUCCUGUCCAGCUCCCUGCCUCAUUCACAUACUCAUACUCAUACUCAUGCCUUUUGUCUGCUUUCUCAGCCAUACCCACUAUACUCCCUCCACCAGCAAUGGUCAUAGUACCGGUUCCAACCCAGAUGCCUUCCAACAGGGGGUCCUCUGAUGCUAGCCUGUGGUCUAAUGUGGGGGCCCAGGGACUAGACCCUCAAGAGCUCCCAAGAGACAGGAGAGACUCUGAUCCCCAUGAGCAGAGAAGACCUCCAGUAUAUCUCAGGCCUGGGGACUGGAACUGCCCAGGUGUAAAGCUGUGAAUUUUUGACCGAGGGAAAAUCCUCUGUGGGAGGCUAAUCUGGCUGCAAAAGCCUCAGUAAAUUCAGAAAUGUAAAACAGAACAGAAAUAUAUCUCAAUGG